CCCAGCGCUCGAACACUUCGUCAGACGUGCCGUCCGUUGCCGCAUCGUCCGCGCUCACGCUGUCCGCAUUUAGUACGCUGCUAUUCCGGUGAACCCGCCGCCACCAGAUCCGUAUUUCGAUACACACGCUACACCAACGAUCAAAAUGGUCCAACUGGUCACCGACGCCGCUGAUCUGGCUACUAAAUUGACUGAUGCCAAAGAAAAAUUAGUCAUCAUCGACUUUUUUGCCAAAUGGUGUGGUCCAUGCAAGUUGAUGGGUCCAUUCAUUGAAGAACUGGCCAACGAGUACCCUGAUGUAGUCAUGUUAAAAGUUGAUGUUGAUGAAUGUGAAGAUGCCGCUAUCGAGUACAACAUCCAAUCUAUGCCCACAUUCGUCUUCUUAAAAUCAAAAACAGAGGUUGUUCGGUUUUCUGGUGCUAACAAAGAUAAAUUAAAGGAGAAUUUAUUGAAAUACAAAUAAUAAUUUCAAAACUGGCUUCAACCAUAGUGUCUUAAUGGGACCUGCAUAUAUUCAAUGAAGUUUUUAUUACAAUGAAACAAAAAUAGAUUUUAUACUGUCAUUCACUAUUGUAUUUGGUUAAAAUUAUUACCUACA